AUGGCGACCAAAGACACCGCUGCAGACCUCGCGGAGCGUUCCCAGGUCAACUACCUGCUGGGCUUGGACACCGUGCCCUGGUACCGCAAGCGCAGCCUCCGCAACCUCUAUUUCUGCCUCGUCCCAGCCGCCCUUGGCGUUGAGAUGACCUCUGGAUAUGACGGGUCAGUCUUGAAUGGCUUGCAGGCCGUGCAACCUUGGAUCGACUACUUUGGUCACCCGCAAGGCGCAAUCCUUGGUGUCAUGACAGCCGCGUUUUCUAUCGGUGCAGUCCUCGCUGUUCCUUUCGUGCCGUGGACCAAUGAUCGCUUUGGUCGGAAGGUCUCCAUCAUGGUCGGUUCCGUCAUCCUCCUCAUUGGCGUCAUCAUCCAGACCGUCUCAAUCAACAUCGCCAUGUUCGUCAUCUCUCGAGUGAUUCUCGGCAUGGGCAUUCCGUUCGCGAUCUCCGGUGCAUCUCAGCUCAUCGUUGAGCUCGCGUACCCUAAGGAACGCGCCGUCCUAACGGGUCUCUUCAAUGAAAGUUGGUACGUAGGUGCAAUCAUCGCAGCCGGCGUCACGCUCGGCACGUACAACAUUCCAAACAACUGGUCCUGGAGAUUGCCUUCGGUUCUCCAGGGUGCACCGUCUAUUCUUCAGUUGAUCUUCAUUUGGUGGCUCCCGGAGAGUCCGCGUUGGCUCGUUUCGAAGGGUCGCUCCGAAGAAGCGUUCGAAAUUCUCGUCAAGUACCACGCUGAAGGUGAUCGCAGCUCCGCAUUUGUCGCCGCCGAGUUUGCCGAGAUUCAAGAGACGAUCAAGCUCGAGGUAGAGUCCUCCAAGCGAAAGUGGGUCGAACUCCUUCAAACCCGCGGAAACCGCCGCAGAGUCCUCAUCGCGGCGUGCGUCGGCCUCUUCUCGCAGUGGUCUGGGAACGGCUUGGUCAGCUACUAUCUUUCGAAAGUGCUCGCUACUGUCGGCAUCACUGCCAAGCACGACCAGAACGUCAUCAACCUCGGUCUCAUGUGCUGGAACUUCAUCACUGGUGUUACGGGAUCGUUCAUGACAAAGUACAUGGGCAGACGUACGCAAUACAUGAGCUCUUAUGCCGCCAUGACGUUCUUCUUCGUAUGUUGGACGAUUGCGAGUGCGGUGUAUGCGCAGACUUUCAACCACCACGCAGCCGGCGCCGUCGUCGCUAUGAUUUUCUUGUAUUAUCCAGCAUACAACCUUAUGAUGCCACUCACCUACAUUUACGUGACCGAGGUCUUUCCAUUCGUCACUCGUGCAAAGGGCGUUGCCAUCACGCAGAUUUUCUCCCGCGCCGGGAGUGCAUUCAACCAGUUCGUCAACCCAAUUGGUCUCAGCAACCUGGGUUGGAAGUUCUACAUCGUGUAUGACGUUUGGUUGGCAUGCGAAUUGACGAUCAUCUACCUCUUUUACCCCGAGACAAAGGGGCCGACCUUGGAGGAACUGUCGAUCUUGUUUGACGGACCAAUUUUGGACCCAGUCGAUAACCUCCCGGAUGAGGCAGUCGGAGACGUACUACGUUAG